AUGGACUUCAGUAAUCUUAGAGAUCAGGUUUCUAACCUGACAAUGUACGACCUCAAGGCGGGUGUGCGGAAGGUCCAGAAUGUGGUCAUGAACUACACGGAAAUGGAGGGCAAGGUCCGGGAGGCAACGAACAAUGAGCCAUGGGGCGCUUCGUCGACACUGAUGCAGGAGAUUGCUAAUGCAACAUAUAAUUACCAGCAGUUGAAUGAAAUUAUGCCAAUGAUUUACAAACGAUUUACGGAGAAAGCUGUCGAGGAGUGGAGGCAGAUAUACAAGGCUCUUCAACUUCUUGAAUUCCUUGUGAAGAAUGGUUCAGAACGCGUGAUUGACGAUGCCAGAUCGCAUCUUUCUCUCCUCAAAAUGCUCCGUCAGUUCCAUUACAUCGACCCCAAUGGCAAAGACCAGGGUAUCAAUGUCCGUAAUCGCGCAAAGGAGCUGGCAGAGUUAUUGAGUGAUGUUGACCGCAUAAGGAUGGAGAGAAAGAAAUCUCGAUCGACAAGGAAUAAAUACGGCGGAUAUGAAGGUAGCAGCGCCAGCAUGGGCACUGGAAGUAGCCGAUAUGGAGGCUUCGGCAGUGGCUCCGCAGCAGGCUUCGGAGGCUACAGUGGCGGUGUAUAUGGUGAUGGUGGAGGAUUUGGUGGAAACGCCGAGUCCUUUGACGAUAUCGCUCCCCGCGGUGAUCGAUUUGAGGAAUAUAACGAGUAUGACGAGGGUGCUGUUGCAGCCCCCGGACGUCGCAAGGCGGACAUGCCAUCGGCAUCGCAAGUCCGCCGGGAAGCUGCGGCCAAGGCCGAGCCGCCGAAAAAGAAGGAGCCUGAAGUAGAUCUCUUUUCAUUCGGUGACGAUGACGUAUCGCAGCCCGCUGCACAACCAUCCACAAUCGCCAAUGGCAAGAAACCCGCAAUCAAUGACACCUUUGGUUCCUUGCAGUCGGCAGCGGCUGAUGAUGACGACUUUGACGAUUUCCAAUCUGCUGCGCCACCAUCACAAACUGCUCCUCAACCGUCUCUAAGUAAUAUUCAUCCACCAGCAUCAACUUCUACGACCACAGCCUCCACCCAAUUCGCGGCUCCAAAGCCAGUUUCCGUAUCCCAGGGUACGAAUAUCAACGAUCUUGUCGGAUUCGCGUCGAUUUCUCCUGCCGCAAGCAACACUAAUACGCCCUCCAACACGUCCGCAUUUUCUCCGCCAUCUCUAGCAGCAUCUCAAGCGCAAACGGCCCCAAGACCGACCGGAUAUCAAGCCGCUCAGCCAAACUAUUUCACCUCUGUUACUGCCAACACAUCACAACAACCUCAGCUAGGUAGGAGCUUGUCUUCUACCUCAAGUCUGCACUCUGCUACAACAAGUGCCAACAAUCCUCUCUCUGCGCAGCCGGCUAGCAAACCGGCCCCUACGGGAGAUGUAUUUGGUUCUCUGUGGAGCAGUGCAAGUGCCGGUAUCAAAAAGCCCAGCACGUCGGGACAGCAAGGACCGAAUCUCGCCAGUAUGGCCAAGGAAAAGGCCAGUGCGGGCAUUUGGGGAGCCAGCCCAGCAGGGUCAACGGUUUCAUCGCCUCAAAAGCCACGCGCUCCUCCUGCGGGAGCAUCUGCCAACCAGCCAGCCGCAGGACAAAAGCUUGGAGGCGGCCUUGAUGAUCUACUCGGGUGA